AAAGAGAUACGAAAUGGCUUCACACCGGCGACUGUACACAUGUCACGAAGUAUAAAUGCUACAAUCACACCACUGGCCAGCUACUUGUUGAAUUUUGUCACCAAACCGAUCGGAUGUGCAAUACAUACCAAAGUAAUACACAAAGUAAUAAUAUGGAGGAUUACGAACAAGAAAAUCGAAACUUUCCAGAGGAUAAAAUCCUUUCCAGAAAGAGUAAAAAGCCAUUGAUGGAGAAGAGAAGAAGAGCCCGAAUUAAUAACUGUCUUGUUCAACUGAAAAGCCUUGUUCUACAAGCCAUGAAAAAAGAUACGACACAUUAUUCCAAGCUGGAGAAGGCAGACAUUCUAGAGAUGACUGUCAAAUAUCUGCGCAGUCUACAGAGACGACAGAUGACGUCAGCCGUCGCCGCUGACCCCACGGUCGCCGCCAAAUACUCCAUGGGCUUCACUGAAUGUGCCUCCGAAGUGGCCAGAUAUCUUGGAAAUUCUCAGGGAAUAAACGACGAAGUUCGUGGGCGACUCUUAGGUCAUCUGUCCAACUGUGUCCAGACAGGGAAUUCUUCACCGCAAGUGGGAGGCGGGCAGACCUACGGACAGCCAUUGCACGUUCAGAUUCCACGAGUCCAGGGCGACCUGUCACGUGUUCACUCAGAAGGACUCCUGUCCCAGCCACCGGCGGGGUUCUUAUCAAACUCUACAUCUUCAUCCGGGUUACAGGUGACCGGGUCCUUCCAGAUAGUUCCCGACAACCUCUACAGUGAACAUUUACCGGUGUUUUUCCGACAAUCACAGGCCAUGCUGGACUCUGUCUCUAACAGGAACUCGUCCCUCCCCAAACCCUCGCCUUACUCCCCACCCACCUGUGAUAUGUCACGUGACAUUUUUCAGUCCACCAGGAAGGGACUGGUUCCCAGCCAGCCCGUGGCUUCAGCAGCCAUGACCUUGAAAGAAGAGCGCUUGUGGCGACCUUGGUGAUUUUUUUACAUGAAAUUCUAGAGGACAAUGAAUCUCAGGAAACGCGUGCUUUUGUUAGAAUGUUUGGAGUGCUUGACAGUUUUACUGUACUGAUUUAGAUAUUUUUACACUGACACCAAAGUGCUAUUUCAAGAAUCUUUACCCUGUUGAAUCGGUGCUGUUGUAGAGUAUAUUGAUAUUAAAACUCUUUAAAGACGUA